CUUAACGGAAGCACAGCUGUUUAAUAAUAUGGCUAGUUCGCUUUGCUCACGUUGUUCGAGUGUGGUUAAAAAUGUUUUUGGUUCGAAUGGUUUUGGUAUUAAAAAAAUUAUUAUCAAAACUAGAUUUUAUAGCACUGAUUUUGAUGUUACUCGUGAUGUUUUUAAAUCAACAGCACCAGAUCAUAGAGGAGAAAAGAGCACUCUUUUUGAAAGGGAAGAUGUUCAAGACAUUUUAAAAAGGUUAACUGGUUUUGAUCUCAAUAUUAUAUUCAAACCUCAAAAAAACACUCUUGAGCUUCCAAAGUAUAAAGUUAUGACAGAAAAAGAGAUUAAAAUGGAAGAAGAAAAAGCUAUAGCAGAAGGAAAAAAACGUUUAAAAAUGCCUAAUGUUAUGAGUAAAAGAAAACCUAUAAAAACUCAACUCAGUAUUAAUUCUGAACUAAUUGAUAUGGAUGAAAAUGGCGCAAAUUAUUUGUUUACUGAUAUCAGUCCUUCCAAAGACAGAAAUAAUCGUGGAGUUCUUGUACGUGAAAAUGACACUGGUAUUUUGCGAGAAGGAAGCUGGGAUGAGCGUGAUAGAAUGGAGUUUAUGUACUGGCCUCAAGAAGGUCAACAUCAUGAAAUGUUUCCCAUGUUACAAGAUGAACAUUUACCAACUGUGUUUGAACAGAAGAGACAUUUAGAUGUUUUGGAUCUUAUUAAUCUUCAAUGUCCUCCUGAUGCUCCAGAUUAUAUCAGAGUCCAUGAAAGAGUAUACAAUGAUAUAGAAAAGCAUCAGUUGUAUGAUCUUUUGCAAUCAACACGUUAUUAUGGUGGAAUGGUUUUUUUCUUUGUGAAGAAUAACAAAUUUCAUACAUUCCUCAAUUUUCUUUUAGAAAAUGAAAGAAUACCUGAUGCCAUCGAUUUAAUUAAACUGUACUCGAUUAUACAUAAUGUUGCAUCAAAUUCUGAUGGAAUAAAUCUGUUGAAGGAAUAUUUAAAAGAUCACAAGUUAGUCGACUCGUUAAACUUGCUACUAAAAAAAACUGUUAAAAAAGAGGCCAUCUCAGCUUGAAGAAUUUUAUAUUUCAGUUUGUAUAUCUUUCAGAUCAUUGAUGGUUUUUCAAA